AAUUUACAAAAUCAUUGGAGCAAGUCAUUAUCGAUGGAAAACUUGCGGAAAAUGAUGAAAAUUUGUUGAAAAAAGUUUUGAAUCGAUGGUUGAAAACUCCGUCCGAAGAUCCCACUGUGAUUGUCAUUGUUGGAAGUGAAGAGAAAAGCAGAAAUCUCAUUAGAAAUGAGACAUUGACCGGCGGAGGGUUAAGAGUUUCGGCGGUGAUUGACAUUCAGAAAUUGAGAUGGGAUUCUCCUUUAUCCCUUCACGCAUGGACGGACGACGGUCAACCGAUGAAAUCCCCUCCGCCAAUCGCGAGAUCGCUUAUUUUAUUGGGAGUUAGUGUGGAUGAGGAGGAUGGAUAUGAGAAAGUGCAUAAUGACGAGAAGAUGAAGUGUCAAGGAUUUCUGCAGAAAUUUCUUCUAAAGAAGUGGAGUCUUUCUGGUGGCACUUAUUCAAUGAUGAGCCCGAUUGUGAAUUCAAGAAUCGAUUACUCGUUUUGUCUUUCGCUA